AUGUAUAUUUUGAAAAAAUUCCAACUUGUGACUUAUGUACGUUUGAAAGACGAUCGACCUAACUAUGAGAUAACAGUAAACGAUGCUUUAUCGUUGUCUCUAAGGACAAAGGAGAGUCACCAUGGUACACCUCGAACUCUCGGACUUCCUGUUAGUCCUUGGGGCUAUGCGGUCGCUUGGGUAGGAAAGGCGCUUGUGCGACUUCAAAGACGGAAAUUAGCGGCGCCCUCCUUUCGAAGAAGGGGCACCGCGCGAAAAAGAGGGUGGAAACGUCCUCCUGGGUCCGUCGUGGUGUUGUCCGCCGGGGGUGGCGGUGGCGGUGGGGGCGGGGGCGGGGGUGGUUGCAGGAGCCGUGAAUUGGAACGUCGUGGGGGUGGCGGCCGGGGUGCCCCCUGCCUUGCCACCAUCAGCUCCUCUGUUGCGGGGAGCGCGGGGGGUUGCGGCCCGGUCGUGGGUCUACCCUCCUACAAGAAACGACAAGGCAGCGGAGCAGCUUGGGGCCGUGGAACUCGUGGACGCGGGAGAGGUCGCGGGGGCGGCGCGAACCUACUUGGUUCCGGCGUCGCCCCCGCAAACUAUCCUCAAGGACUGCAGGGCGUCGGGCCCGGACUACGGGAGGUCGUGAACAUUUUAGGAGAGAGGAAUCAAGCUGGCACCUUAACCGGUGUCGGACCACCACCGGGAACCUUGGAUUCAGAGGGCACCGGAGACGAGGAAGAAGGAACUUCCACCAAGAAACCACCUAGGCCUCUCUAUAGGAGGCUAAUCAACUACGUACGACAAGCCUGGACUGGCGUUAAAUUUGCUUUAGACUCAGAAUACGAAGAAGAACAAACGCCAAGAUACAGGCCGGACUCUUUGGCAAGUCUCUGCCGAGCGACAAGAUUCACAGAGGCUGAGCUCAAGAGGAUAUAUCGUGGCUUCAAGGCCGAAUGCCCCACGGGAGUCGUCAGAGAGGAAACUUUCAAGUGCAUCUACUCGCAAUUCUUUCCGCAAGGAGCAAACACCAGCCAGUAUGCGCAUUAUGUCUUCAACACUCUGGACCAAGAUCACAGUGGUCUACUCAGCUUCGAGGACUUUGUCAUCGGACUCAGCAUACUAUCACGUGGCUCGAUAGACGAGAAACUACGCUGGACAUUUUCCCUUUACGACAUCAACGGGGAUGGCUGUAUCACGAGAGAAGAAAUGACGGACAUUGUCACGGCGGUCUACGAGCUCAUGGGAAAAUUUGCUGAUCCAACAUUGGACCACGAGGGCGUAAGAGAAAAGGUCGACCGUAUGUUUCAGAAAAUGGAUGGAAAUAAGGACGGUGUUGUGACACUGUCCGAAUUUCUGGAAGCUUGUCAAGCCGAUCCGGAUAUUUCAACGAGUAUGGCGGCUUUAGACACGGCCUUCUGACGCUCAACACGACCACGAUACACACCAUGGACCUGAGGGGUUCAGAGUCCUUUGGCUAGAGAUCGACCGUUUGGCAUUGUACAGUGCUUCCUGGAACAGAGGAAGCACCUUUCACGAGGAGACUCGAGUCUCCGUGUCCCAGAGGGUUGGACGUUGCUACUCGUACGUUGUUUUGGAAUUGAUCGUUUCGAGAAAGAAAAGUGUAGGAGACAAAUAGAACAAGAUAGAAAGAAAGUUACGUUAUAUAUAACGAUAGGAGAAUGGCCAAAAGAUUUCAGGGAAUUUUCAAAGGAAACAUUAAGACGUUUUCUUCGCUACAAAAUGGAAGGAUAGAAAGGGUACCUUUUCUUUGAGAUCCUAUGAGAAAGAAAGGGAGAGAAAGAGAGAAAAGAAAAAUCACUUUCGAUAGUCGUUGAAAGGAAAUGAACGAUGAGAGAGCUAUUUUGGAUUCACUUCGAUGAUGUUUUAACGAUAUAUCUUACCGUGUUACAUGUAAAGUCCGUUUGUAAAAAGCGAACAUAAAAAAAAAAUUCGUUUGUUGUAGAAAGAAAGAGGGAGAGAGAGAAAGAGAAAACAAUUUAGAGAUAAAAAAGGAGACCGAUAUAUAAUAUAAAAUAUCUUUUCUUUUUCUUUUUCCUCUCUACUUUUUCGUUCUUUUUUUUUUUGUCCGAAGACUUUGAAUCGUACAAAAGGGUUUCGCAAAGAGGAAUUCAGUAAGGGUGCCAAAAAAUUACCGGUGUGUAUGAAAAGAUAUUUGAUUAUCUUAGAAAGAAUUAUCAGGGAUGAUUAAUGAUUAGAAUGAAUAUCGUAAAACGUUCGUUUAUUGGUCGACGAUAGACAAUACGAAUGUGAAGAUGUAUAAGAUUGAAUUUUUUAAACAAAUUUACAAGAGCUCAAUAAUUUAUCCUGUUUAAUGGCACUUCUACACUGAGAGAAAAACGUGUUACGUGUUACGUUACGUAAAAAAAAAAAGUAGAAAAAAAUACAAAAAAGAAUCAACGAGAGAAUCGCGCAUAUAGAACUGACAUUUUAUAGUUCUUUAAAAAAUCGUACUUAUCAUCGCGAUAGCAGAGAACAAGUGGAUACGAGAGACCAAGUUAAGUAUAGGUGGCAUUAAUUUUAGCGGACGCGCGAUAAUUAUAAUACGAUAUUGUACGACUAAGUUCACUGUAAAAUGAAAUUUAUAAUUCCUAGUCACCGUGACCAAAGUACUUACACAAGGCAGCUUACGAUGUGAAAUAGGAAACAAAAAAAAAUUAAAAACUCAACAAAACUAAACCAAAAAAAAAAAAAGAAGUAGAAAAAGGAGUGAUAGUAAAGAGUUAUUAUUAUAUAAUCGAUGUUUCUUUCAGUGUAGACAUCGCGCAAAAUCGUCUCCUUUAUUUAUUUAUUUAGUUUUUUCUUCUAUACCUUUCGCUCUUGGAUUUAUUUUCUUCCUAUUAUUUUUCUACGCGUUUUAAUGCGUAGAAACGCGAUUCUUCUAUUUUACAAUUAAAUGGCGACGCAUCGACGCGAUGACCGCAUCUUUAACCGACGUCUUUGCGCUCCCUAUUGAUUAUUUUAGAAGCUAGACCAUGAAAGGUAGGUGCGACGGGUAAAUGAAAGUCACUCGAGAGACGAGCGAUUUUUUCGAAUUUGUAUCGUAAAACGAAGCGUAAUGUCGUAAGCGUGUGUAUAUAUAUAUGUAUGUAUACAUAUAUAUAUACAUACAUACAUAUACACAUAUAUAUAUUAAACACAUACAUAUAUGUAUAUAUAUAUACACAUCGCUGGUUUUCAGUAGGUCAAGUCAAAACGGGUAGAAGUAGACCUCGUACGAUUUUUAACGACAGUUGUGCAAUUUCGCCUACAGACUAAACGUACGAGAGUUAGAGAAAAAGAGAGAAAGAGAGAGAGAAAUAAGAAGAGUGACUGUACGUGUGAGAGAAUGUGAGAACGGCAAAAUAAAAAAGAAAAGUAUCAUAAAGAGAGAAAGAAAGAUAUAUAUAUAUAUAUAUAUAUAUAUAUAUAUAUAUAUAAUUAGAAUGGAUGAGAAAUUAAGUGAAAAGAGAGAUUUAGAAAAUUUAUCGGUAAAUCUCGUUCUGCUGCCAAGUACAUAGAACAAAGAAUAAAAAAAAAAAUAAAUAAAUAGAACAGAGAAAGAAAGAUCUUAAGAAAGAAUAGCAAGGGAUUCAUUGUUUCUAGUAAAUAAGUGAGUAGGUAGAGAGUAAAUAACAUAAAAGCAUUUAUUUUUGUGACUGGUAAGCAAACGUUACCCUUGAUAAGAUUUUAGCUCAGUAAGACUGCGUGCUGCUAAAUGUGAAGCUGAAUGAAAAUUAUAACAGAAGAGAAUCGAAGAAAAAGAGAUAUAAAAAGAGAGAAAGAAAGAUAUGGGGCACGGAAAACGACAAAGGGUCGGUUGAUCUUCCAUUCGAACAUUCUUCGGUCAAAACACAACCCGCGCGCAUAAUUGUUAUCCACAUACGCACAUACAAAUAUAAUAUGUGAACACUUUCCAGCGAUCGAUUCGCGGAAAAUGGACCAAGCAAGGGCGAGUGCGAAUGACGAUUAACUCGAGAGAGAUUAUACAUACAUACAUAUAUAUAUGUACGUAUAUAUAUAUAUGUGUAUGUAUAUUUGAUUUUUUUCCAAUCACUGCCUACUUCUGGUUAACUAUAAAUUAAGGAAAGGUAGAGCAAGAAAAAGAGAGAAAGAAAGAGAAGAAAUAGAAAUAAAAGAAGAAGAGAAAGAAGAAGAUGGAGAAAAUGGAAAAGAUGAAAAGAUUAAAAAAUUAACGUUUCAAUUAUAAUUACGCGCGCGAGAAAUCAUUUUUAGAGUUCACCGAGGGAUCUUUGUUUUCUAUUUUUUGUAAGCGUCUAUCGUCGCGAAAGAAAAAUCUCCGGCCUUAAGUCGUGAUCGAAAUAGAAAGUGUAUGAAUGAAAGAGACAGAGAGAGAGAGAGAGAAAGGAGUGAAAAAAAACGAAAUAUCGUUAGUCGAAGUGUUAUUCGAUUUUUAGCAGCGCCUAUAGUUUUAGAGCAUAAGAUUUACGUGUAAUACUUGAGAUAAACAUCGAAUGUUGUCUCAUAUCAACUCGAUCACUACCGCAUGUCUUUGAAGUUAAUUAUGUAAGUGGAUUGAAUGGUAAAUAUAAGCAGGAGUAGAGGAGAGAAAGUGGAAGAGUAAGAUUGAAGAAAGGAAAGAUAAAUAAAUGUCGUGUUAACCACGUCGUCUAGAUAUUUUCGAAUCCGACCUUGUGGAAAAAAUAAGCGAAAAAAAGAAUAAAAAAAAAUAAAUAAAUAAAAAAGUAAAAAAAGAAGAAAAAAAAAAGAGAACAGAAACUCUAAGAUCAUCGUGUAUAUUAGUGAAUUAGAAGAUAUUGAUAUUUCCUUGUUCUGUGUCUCGUUGGUCGAAAAUGCGAUAGAUCAAACACACAGCGGAUCGUCAAUGCGCAUCGAUAGUUGCUUUCCUAAAUUUUAACGAUUAUGUCAUUAAUUGCACGCGUAAAGAAAUGAAUUUAGCAGUAAAAAAAGAAACAAAGAAAAAAAAGCACAAUUUUGUUACGCCGAAUUAGACUGACCUUCUGAUAAGACAAAAAAAAUAAAGAAAAAAAGAGAAAAAAUAAAAACGAAAGAAUAAAAAAAAAAGGAAACCAAUUUAUUUGUCGUUAACGUUGAUAAUCUUUGUAACAUUAGACCAAAAUUAUUAACGAAGGAUAAUAAUGAUAAUAAUAAUAAAUAAUAAUAAAUAAUAAUAAUUAUUAUUAUUAUUAUUAUUAUUAUUAUUAUAAAGAAGGCGCGACGGAAGGUCUUCAUUGCGUGUUAGCUCUAUCACAUAUUAUACUUCACCGAUGUAAUAUGUUCAUAUUCGUCAUGCAUAGUACUUACUACGUGGAUAUACGAAGCCUAUCGUUGGCAAGCAACUUUUCUCUAUUUUGCCGUGUUGUUUCUCUCAUAGAUGAGGCUUUACAUAUAUAAUGUCUAGUGUCUACGAUUAGAAACUCUUUCUCUGUCUGUCGUUUACUGUAACUAUCGUAAUUAACAUAACGCACGUCAGCGCACGCGGAUCUCUUUUAAAAGGAAGCGUCACGAGCACGCAUGGUUCGACGAUUAGAAUUCUAUUCUCACAACACAUGACAAAGAAAGAAAGAAAGAAAGAAAGAAAGAAAGAAAGAAAGAAAGAAAGAAAGAAAUGGAGGACGAACGUUUUAAUACCAAUUGGCUCAACAAAAUCGCGAUCUUAAAACUACGUAUGUAUGUAUGUAUUUAUUUAUUUAUUUAUUUAUUUAUUUAUUUAUUUAUGUGCAUUCGAUCGACUUCCAAAGGCUAUAUCAUCUUUAUCGAGCAACAUCAUCGAUACAUCAUUCUCCUCUUUCGGCGUAUAACGUUGCGAAGCAACUAUCUUUCUUUUUAACGUAUUACGAUGAUAGAUAAUAGAUCAAAAAAAGGAUACCUACUUAUUUCGUCAGACGACACGUUAUAAAAAUCUUGCUAUCUUUUUCAAAUAUCUUCCUUUCUUAAUACAUUGUUCUCUAUACGAUGAUAAAUAAUCGAUGAUAUUGCAUCGAGUAUUCGUUCGAUGAAACGUAUUUUUGAUGAUUAUCCAAAAAUAAAAAGGAAUAAAAAGGAAUAUAAGAAAAGAAAAAUAUAACAAUGUUCAUCUUCUCGUAAAGGAAGAAGAAAAAAAAAGGAGGAGAAAGAUUAAAGAAUAUUAAAGCAGGUACAAAUUGCGCGUAUUAUCUUAUAUCUUACUCUAUUACUCAAGAGAUUCUCUCUAUAAGUAAAUAGAAUUGUGAAAAUCUAUCUUCUCUAUACAAAAUCUAUCUCCUUCUCGAAGUAGCUAUAGCUCGAAAUAUCAAUCGAUACGAAGAGACAUACUUCCCUAUGAUAUCUUUUGUACGCGUUAUCUUGCUGGACAGAAAGGAAGAAGGUUGAUUCGAUCAAUAAUUUAACUCGACUCCAUCCUUCGUUAGGGCCACGAUAAUUAGAAGGAUGAUUUAAAACGAAACAAAGAAAAAAAAUCAUUAAUGAUCGAGCGUAGAAACUCGAAGGAAUAUUAAGUGAUCGGGCUGUGCUUGUACUGGAUGACAGAUGGUCCAAACAUAGACUAUUUAUUAUAAGGGGAAACAUAAACGAGAACUUAAAAGAAUAGCCUAACAAUUUUUUUUUACGUGGCACGUAUCUAAUAAAUUACGAGAAAAAGGGCGUAGUGAAGCAAAUUAAAAAAAAAAAAGAUUUAAUAAAAAAUUGUGGAUACUUUCUUAGCAUCCUAAAGAAUGCGAGAGCAAGAGAGAGAAAAGCACUUUUACUUGUAACUUGGUAUGUGUCGCGUAACUAGACACUAUAAAUAAUAAUAUAGACAAAAAUCACUAUACGAUGUUAAAUAUGAUGGAUUUUAAACGAAAGAUUAUAAUAGUAAUAAUAAAAAAUAAUAUUGAUGAUGAUGGUAAUGAUGAUGAUAAAGAUAAUGAGGAUGAUAAUGACGAUGAUAAAGAUGAUGAUGAUGAUAAUGAUGACGAUGAUGAUAGUUAAGGGGAAAGAGUAUUCAGACAGUGAUAUAUUUUCAGUGUAAAUCCAAUAUAUAUACAUAUAUAUAUGUAUAAAUCCGAGAUAAGGCCACGUAUCUCAUAGAUUCAACAUCUUGUCGUUGUAACGAUGGAAAGAACCUUUGUGCUUCUUCGAAGAGACAUCGUUUAUCUUUGAUGCAUUCGAUGGAAAAAAAAAAAUAUAUAUAUAAAAAUAUGUGUUUAUAUAUAUAUAUAUAUUAGUAUAUCUAAAUGUACAUUGAUAAAAAAAGCGAGCUCCGCUCGAAGAAAUACAAGAUCGCGCAGAGGAGUAAUCGUUUGAAUGUUGAUUGUUAAAUGUUAGGAUAGAUGAACCGUGCUUUAGGAUCCCCUCUCAACGAAGAACUCAACUGCUGAGAGCUCAAGCUGAGAGCUUUCUUUCGAUUGCAUUAUUAUUCUUUAGCGUUUUAUAUAAAUAAGAUCGUCGGUAAAAGCGAAGCAGCGAUCGAGUUGUUUUUCUUUUUUUAUCACGUUGCAUAAACAAUAUCUUUUUGUAUAUAAUAUGUACUAACGUUUUUUAAAGUUACGCUUGAUAAAAAACGAUCUUGCAAGUUUUACUCGAGAUUUCAGGAAGGUCCGACUUCUUUUCUUUUUUUUUUUUUAUUAUCUUUUUUCUUUUUUAUAUAUAGUAGCUCGUGUAACAUUACUCAUCAGAUAAGAUUUCGAACGAAGGAUAGAAAGAAGUGUUGUGUUUUUUUAUAUAUUAUCAAUAUGUGUUAUCCAAAAUAAAUACAAGUUUCGAAAAAAUAUGCUUUCCUAUAUCAUUAGGGUAUCGUUAGAUCCUACGGAAGGGCCAGAAACUAUUAAUAAAAACAAAAAAACAGAAAGAAAGAAAAGGAAAGAAAAGAAAAAAUUCUCAUAUCUAGACAUAAAAGCGAAUCGUCCGGCUCGAGCAACACAGUCACUGCCCGUCGCUUGUCCGCAACGAAAAUCGCUUCUCGUUUCAGACGAUCCGCUAACUGCCUCCAAAGAAGGCAUAUAUACCUAUUUUGAGAUUAAAAUCGUCUCACAUUUUUUAGUAAUGAAGCCUCGGUUUUCUAUCAGUUUAGAAAGGGUACUAAAAACUGAGCAUCCCUCAGAAAUAAAAAUGCUAUAUUAAAAGUUAGGUUUUUAUGAUUAGUUUACGCCAAUGCCUAGCUAUUUAUUAUAAUGAAUGAUUAUUGCCAAUUACUUAUGUAUUAUACACGGGAAUCUGUAACUAUUUUAUAAAUAAAUAGAUAUUAAUGUUCGUCA